AGUAACUUGAUUGUUUGUUGAGUUCCCUGAGUACAGCACAAUGCUCACCAUGCCAUUUCGCACCUGUCUUAAUGCCUCUCGCCGCGCUGUUGCUGCACAAGCACGCUCCUGUACAACAGCCAGUACCGGAAAGAAGAACACUAUUAUCCUCAAGAACCACACGUAUACUGCACAUGCCGCCGCAUCGGGAAAAGGGCGCAGCGGCUUGGUUAUCUCCAAUGGCGAGGUCCCGUUCUCACUGCGACUUGCCAAGCCCAAAGUGUUGGGCGGUGACGGCGAGGGACAGAACCCGGAGCAACUCUUUGCCAUGGGCUACGCAUCAUGCUUCCUCGGAGCCCUCCAAGCGACAGCUAGUCGUCUGGGCAAGACGGACGCCAUCAAGGGUGCGGUCGUUCGCACGAGUGUACACCUCGGUGAGGUAGAAGAGCUCGGCGGAUUCGGCAUCGCGGUUGACAUCCAAGUCGGAGGCGUCGAGGACGAGGCACUCAUCAAGGCCGCACACGAGGCUUGUCCAUACAGCCGUGCACUUACACAUGGCGCAACAGUCAAUCUCUCGAAGAUUUAAUAGGUCAUUGACAUGGAAUUUUUUUAGACUACCGAGAAUACCUGCGUGUUGGGAUGCA